GUGAAAUCAAAUACAAUAAUAAUUAAGAAAAGUGAAGAUCCUUAAUUCUUUUAACAAUUAAAAAAUGCUAGGAUGGCAUCUCCGAAAUUGAGACAAAUUAAGGGAUCAGGCUUAUAACUAGAACUAUAUCAUAAAAGUAAAUCUAAAUCUCCAGAGGUUCUAAAAGUUAAUUAGGCAAAUUGUUGUAAAAAAUGGGAAAUUACUUAGAAUACUAUAUAACCAUAAUAAUAAUAAUAUAAAUAAUAUUAAGCUCCAUGA